AUGGGUGCAACAGCUUUGAUGUUUGCAGCAAAAGCCUGGUCGCCCUCCUUUGUCGAGCGGCUACUGGAAGCCAAAGCCAAUGUUAAUGCAGAGGAUAGAUAUGGUGCAACGGUGCUAGACUUGGUCAAUGAUGACGUCAAAUUCUACGAGGCGCAAAAGAGGAAAGAGCAAGAAGAUUGCAGAAGGCGCCGAUUAGCAAUGGAGGUGUCCGGUCAGAUCCUCUAUGACAGGCCGAAUGUGGAGGAGCUGGAGCCCUUUUGUGCUCCUUGA